AUGGUUGUGUGUGUUUGUGUGUCUCAGGACAGCCGUGGCAGCAGCAGCAGUGUGUCCAGCCCGUCACUGGUCUCCAUCUCUCCUCCAUCUGCUCCGAGCUCUGCUGGGGUCCCCACACCAGCUCCGCUCACUAAAACCAACGCCCCCGUCCACAUAGACGUAGGAGGCCACAUGUACACCAGCAGUCUGGCAACACUCACCAAGUACCCUGACUCGCGGAUUGGUCAGCUGUUUGAUGGAACGGAGCCCAUAGUGCUGGACAGCUUAAAGCAGUACUACUUCAUUGACCGUGAUGGUCCCAUGUUCCGCUACAUACUGAACUUCCUGCGGACAUCAAAACUCCUCAUCCCUGAUGACUUUAAAGAGUACUCCCUGCUGUAUGAGGAGGCACAGUUCUUCCAGCUCAGGACCCUGCAGGCUGAGCUCGAGCGCUGGAAGAGUGAACACAAACCUGGCAGUGCGUGGCGCACAUGUGAGUGUGUGGUAGUGUGCAUAGCUCCCGAGCUAGGUGAGAGGACUGCCCUGAGUGGAAACACAGCUGUCAUCGAGGAAGUGUUUCCUGAAGUUGACAAACUCGUGCACAACUCACGUAAUGCUGGCUGGAACCAUGACUCUACACAUGUAAUCCGCUUUCCACUCAGUGGAUUCUGCCAAUUUAACUCAGUCCAGGUUUUGGAGCGGUUACUUCAGAGAGGAUUCCAGAUAACAGGCUCCUGUGGUGGGGGAGCAGACACCUCUCAGUUUAGCGAGUACAUUCUCCACAGAGAAGGAGGAGGCAGUGAGCAUGAUCCAGUCCUCGUACACAUCAAAGAGGAGCUGCUGGACUAA